CUUUUUUUUUUCUCGUUCUCUUCUUUACUUGCACUAACCUCUUUAUACGUUUACUGAUCUCGGUCAUGUUUGAACCCACUAUAAAAUACAAGCGGGUCAAUGAUCCCUCUCCUCUUCCUCAAAAAACGGUCGAUUCAACUCAAGAAAUAACCAGCAUACCUGAAACAGCAACCAGCGAGCCUAAACUAGUAACCAGCGAGCCUGUACCAACCUCCAAAAAAGAAAAAGAUACCGAGAAUCCAUAUGCAUUUACAUUUGAAGAAGAGCAAGAAGCAAAAAUUAAAAUAGACCCAAACGAUAAAGAACGUAUUAUUGUCACACUAUCAACUGGAAAGCAGUUCUCGGCAGAUAGAUAUUGCCCACAUGCAGGAGCCGAUCUUUCUUACCAUGGUAAAGUAAGCGAAAAUGAUUAUCCUCCAGAAAUCGGGCCUGUUUUGAUGUGCUCAAUUCAUUAUUGGGAAUUUGCACUCGAAAAAGGAGGUAGAGGAGGUAGUGGGUUUACUACAAUUAAUGCAUGUCCUGUUGCUGAAAUGUGUACUGAAGGGAACAAGAAAUUAGAUUGGUAGACCAUGUUAGAAAAACAUAUCUAUACUGUAUUUUUUUUUGAAUAAAAACAUUGCAUUGUAUACAAA